CGUGAGCGCGCCGAAGGGGCGGCCCAUUACAUAAGGCUAAUUAUAGCCGCACGCUUGGCCGCUCCAAGACAUGAGACUUGCUUGAGCGCUCUGGCCCCGCUCCGGCAGUCGGGUGGUUUCUGCAGCCGCGAUGGCCGUGAGUCCUAGGCCGAGCUCGGCGAUUACCUGCCUGAUUCUGCUGCUGUUGGAGUGUACAGCAGCCAAAAAAUAUUGCUGGUAUGUGGAUGCAGGAUAUCCCACCUAUUUUAUCUGUCGUGCAUAUGAAGAUUGCUGUGGUACGAGAUGCUGCAUGCGAGCAUUCUCUAUUCAACGAUUAUGGUAUUUUUGGUUUCUUUUAAUGAUGGGGGUCCUAUUUUGUUGCGGAGCUGGUUUCUUCAUUCGGAGAAGACUGCAUCCUCCUCAAAUGACCGAUGACCCUCCCUUUACAGUGGGUUUCACCAGGCAACCUGUUAACACAACUGGUUGUCAGACUACAGGAAAUACUCAGAGUGGAAUGCAAUAUUAUACAGAACCUGGAGCACCUGUUGUUAAUCCCAUUGCCUCAACUUUCCAAAUCCAGCCAAAUUUUCCUCUCCUCAACCCAGCCUACCCACCCCCACCAGCAUAUUGCAAUCAGCCACCCCCUCCCUAUGAGCAAGUUGUAAAAACUACAAAUAAGCAAUCAGAGAGAUAAACAUUCGAUUUCAGCAAACAUCACAGUUGCCGAUUUUUACCUUUUUAUAGACAGUCUGGAGAGCUGCAAAUCUUCAGUGAUAUGUGCUUGACCUCAGUACACCCUAGGAGUUGCAUUUAGCUCUGCUUUUGAUAAGUUAAUAUACUGUAGUGACUUAAGCAUGUAUGAUCAGGAAUUUAAAGAAAAUAACAUGUUUUAUUUGAAAACUGAAAAUUUAUAUUGGGAUUUUGGAAGAAACUGUGCAUCAGAUUCUGCAGAGAUUAUCUAAACUGCUUUUCCCGAUGAUGGUUACAAGUAAAUUGUCUUCCUUUUGAAUAUUUGACAGUUUUUGAUUUGAUUAAAAUAGAAGAAAAAUCAUUCUCAGUUUAACUGGACUUGUUAAUCAGCAUACUGGUUAGCUAAGCAGAAGACAUUCAAUUUUUAUGAUGUAUGUUGAUAACUGCUAAAGUCAUUGAAAAUAGAUUGAAAUGUUUUAUGGAUUAACAUUUCAUUUUAGUCUUACAGUGCCUUUUAAAAGUAUUUAGUUCCCAAACCUUUGUUCACAUAAAUGAGUAUUGCAACUAGGGAUUUUGAUCAAUUUAACUGAAUUUUUAUUUGUGAAUCACAUGUCCUUUUUUCACAGUAGAGCCCAGAAAACAGGGAAAAUUGUAAACCAUGAAAAGCAAAAAAUUAAAAAAAGUGAAAUAUCAGCAGUUCAAAAGUAUUCAUCCCCCUUUACCGAGUACUUAAAACCACCUCUUGCAGAUAUUGCAGCCAAUAUUCUUUGUGCAAAGCUAAUAGAGACUUAUACAAAAUGCGGUGGAGCAAGAUUUGCCCAUUCUUCCUUACAAAAUUGCUCAGGCUGUGUCAGGUUGGUUGGCGGGCAGCAGUGGAUCGCAAUCUUGUGGUCUUGCCAGAGGUGUUUGAUUGGGUUAAGGUUACAACUCUUUGCCACUCAAGGGCAUCAAUUUUCUUCAUUUGAAGCCACUCCAUGGUUACUCUGGCAGUGCACUUUGGGUUGAUAUCCUGUUGAAAGACCAACUUCCUUCCCAGUUAAAUGCUUUCUAGCAGAGCUUUUUAUCCAGGAUCUCCUGGUAUUUAGCAGCAUUCAUCUUCCAGUCAAAUUUCCAGUCCUCCUACUCAAAAACAUCCUCAUAGCAUGAUGCUACAUCCACCAUACUUUACAGUUGGUAUGGCGUUAUCUGGCUUAUCCACUUUAGUCUCUUCUGACCCCAAGACCACCUUCCACAUCUUAACAGAAUCUUCUAAGUGAUGCUUUGUGGGCAAGUGAAGUCUUUAUGGGCAAGUUUAUAUUUUUUUUUUAGCCAGAGCUGCUUCCUUGCCAUUCUUCCAUAAACACCCUACUUGUGCAAGACCUUGGAGAUUGUGGAGCCAUGAAUUUUAUCCCCAGUUGCAGCCACUGACAUCUGCAGCUCAUUCAAUGACUGUGCCACAGUAGCCUCUCUUACAAGUGCCAUUUUUCUCCAGCGGCUGAGUUUUGAGGGGUGGCCUGACCUUGGUAGUGUGUGGUUUCAAGAUGGACUGAACUCCAAGAUAUGUUUAGUGCUUUUGAGAUGGUUUUGUACUCUUCACCAGAUUUAUUCUUCUCUCUAAUCAUUUCCCUGACUUGUCUUGAACGCUUUUAGUCUUUUUUGUGGUUUGGGCUGUGGAAAAUUUACCAUUCUGUUGGACUUUGAGAGAGAGGGUUAUUUAUUCGUGAAAUUAUUUUUGAAUUAAUUGAAAACAGAUGAUUCUCCUUCCAGUUUUCUACAUCAACAAAUUGGAUGAAUCGGUAAGAUAAUAAUAUACCAUAUUGCACCUGAGGAAAGUUAGCGUAGUAAUUGCAUAGGGGAUGAAUACUUUUUCAGCCUCAAUUUUGGUUUUAAAUUUUUGGUAAAUUGUUGACAGGUUUUGGAAAUUUUGCUUUUGAUUUGACAUGAUGCACAAUGUUUUGUAGAUUAGCUUAAAAUCUUACUUUAAUAUAUUUUAAAUUUAGAAAUUGGGACAAUAAAGUAUGAAAUUAGUUGUGGAGGCUGAAUACUUUUUCAAGGCACUGUAUUUUAAAUAGCACCUUGAAGGCUUUGAAUAAAUUUUUGUAUAAGGGUUUGUCAUGUGAAACACAGGUUUACAGUGGCUAGCUAGAGAUGUUUACUCUAGAAUAUUCCAUAAAUGGAUUAUAUUUAAUGGCGAAUGAAGAAUCAUUUAGUGCUUUGUAAAUUUAUUUCAAAUAAGUAGGAAAUUAGACUUAAAUGGUAUGACUGAGAAUUUAGUAAUGUUAAUGCUUAUUGUAUUUUUGGUUUUUCAUAGUGAAGUCAGUCUUGUUAAUUUAAAAACCCUUAAAUAAUUUCUCAACAUUAUGGUGUUCAGAAAGAUGCAUGACUGUAUUUGAGACUUUUUUUUUAAAGUAUAUCAACUGUUUCAAUUUGUAUAUUUUUCAGUAGUUCUUCAAUUUUUGGAGCCAAAUGCUUGAUCUCUGUAUUCAUGAUGUUCAGUUCUAUCAACUACUUGUACUAAGGUAGCCGUUUGUAAAAUUUUCAUUCUGAGCACCAAUUUCAUGUGUGAUUUGUCAAUUAAUGGAAUAGAAUUUUUGAUUUAAUAUAAAAAUCUGUGUAAAAAUAAAUUUAGUUCUGCACUAUG